AUGAAUUCAUUCGUUUGCCACCCUUCUUUACUACAUAGGUUAAAGACACGCCUUGAACUGGCUAAAUAUAAGCAGCAACAUGGCUGUGAGAGUGACGACCUAUUGACUCUCGAGAAUCGAUUCAUAAACCGCCAUAAACGACUAUCCUUUGAACGUGUCUGUAAACCACUCACAUCUCGACGAUUUUACUGCCCCACAUCACUACGCGCUCCUUUCAAGCAACCAAGAUACCGCCGCCUCUAUGGUGUUCUGCCACCAACCCAAAUACAAUGUCCUCUGUCUGCCAAAAGAUCAAAUCUAGUCCUGUCUGUACCAGAACACAAUGCAGCCCGUGUAUUGGUCCUGCUACAUCACAAAACUUCUUUUACACCACGAGAAUGA